AUGGAAUUACGACAUCUGAGAUACUUCAUUACUGUGGCUGAAGAACUCAACUUUAGCAAAGCAGCAUUGAGACUUUAUACAGCACAACCCUCACUCAGCCAGCAGAUCAAAGAUCUUGAAGAAGAUGUCGGUGUUCGGCUGUUAAACCGGACCAAACGUAAAGUUGAACUUACUGAAGAAGGUGCUGUUUUUCUGGAGCAAGCACGCUUAACUUUAGCACAAGCCGAUAAGGCUGUUGCUAUGGCAAGACAGGUCUCCAAAGCCAGACAGCUAUUGUUAAGGAUUGGGUUUGUACCCGUGGCUGAAAUAAAGAUUUUCCCUUAUGUCUUACCAAAUUUAAGAGUACAAAAUCCUGAGCUAAAAAUUGAGUUAUUAAGCUUAAAUAACCUUGAACAAAUGCGCGCAUUGAAAAAGGGUGAGCUGGAUAUCAGCUUUAGCAGGCACAAUUUUCAUAAUGAUGAAAUCGAAAGUAAAUUUGUGCUCCGUGAGCCGUUAAUUUUUGUUUUACCCAAAGAUCACCCUUUAGCCAAGUAUGAACGUAUCCCUGUUAAAGCGCUCAAUGGGAUCGAUUUUAUUAUUCCUGCUGAAGAACAAUCCACGACCUUGCACAAUACCAUUUUAGAGUUUGCCAAACACAAUCAUAUUGAAUUGAAUAUCGUCCAAAAAGCUGACAAUAUUUCAUUGAAUAUUAAUUCAGUUGGGGCGGGCUUAGGCUGUACAAUUUUGCCAAACUAUAUUGCGCCAUUAAUCAACAGUAACACCGUCAUUCGACCUUUAGAUAUUGAGCUUCCCUAUCUAGACUUGUAUGUAAGUUAUCGAAAAAGUGCUGGCUCUGUUGCAAUACAAAAAUUCAUUGAACUAUUAACCAAAAGCAAAAAUAAGACCGCUGCGACAAGACAUAGAGCGUAG